AUGACUAAAGUUAAAGGUAAUACUCAAGAAUUGAGCGAAACAUCAAAGAAAGCCGACAAACCCGAGAAAAAGGAAAGAUGCUCUUAUUCGGUUGACCAAAAACAAAUAGUAGUAGAAUAUGCUCUUAAACAUGCGAAAUUUCCAAUCGUAGACAAUAUUAUUAAAGAGAUUAAAGCGGAUGAUGCGAUGCAACGAUUAUCUCGAUCUCAAAAUGAAGAAUUUAAUAAUGAAUAUAUGGUUGAGUCUGAAGUGGAAGAUGAAGGGAAUCAGAUUGAGAAAAUUAAUGAAAAGACGAACGAAGAACCAGUAACCGAAAUUCAUGAAAUUUUUGAUAAAUAUAUGUUUACUGAGGCCGAUCCUUUAGUAGCAUCUUCAUCGUUUAUUCCAUCAACGAUGCAUCCAGAUCAUACACAAAAUCACGUGCAACCUAAACUUAAAAGUAUUCGGAUUUCAAGGCGCGUUAUCACGACAUUUAAAAUCGAUAUUUUACCUUUCAUGUUAAAAAGUUCAUCCAAUGUUCGACAGUAUUAUAAUAGGAAAGUUUUCUUAGUAAUAGUUGGAGCCAUCGAAUAUGUACGUAGAAUUCAUAAAUAUCCCGGACAUUGA